GAGUUGGAGUUUACAAGUCCAGGCAGUGGGCGGCCUCAGACAGAAAUCGGGCCUCAACCGGAUGGCGGUUGCUAGGCGAGGCUGCCGGCCCUGGGGCUCGAUAUUCGGGCUGCUCGCACUGGUCUUGGCCACCGCCACCGCCUGGGACGUGUCUUCUCUGCGCUGCAGCUUCGGCUCGUUCUGCGAAUGCGACUUCUGGCCGGACUUGCCGGGUCUGGAAUGUGACCUGGCCCAGCACCUGGCUGGCCAGCAUUUGGCCAAGGCCCUGGUGGUGAAGUCACUGAAGGCCUUCGUACAGGACCCGGCCCCCAGCAAACCACUGGUCCUUUCCCUGCACGGCUGGACAGGCACUGGGAAGUCCUACGUUAGUUCCCUGCUGGCACAGUAUCUCUUCCAGGGUGGCCUUCGCAGCCCUCAUGUGCACCACUUCUCACCCAUCAUCCAUUUCCCACACCCCAGCCACAUUGAGCAGUACAAGAAGGAUCUCAAGAGCUGGGUCCAGGGGAACCUCACUGCCUGUGGCCGAUCUCUCUUCCUCUUUGAUGAGAUGGACAAGCUGCCCCCUGGCCUGAUGGAAGUCCUGCAGCCCUUCCUGGGCCCCUCUUGGGUUGUGUAUGGGACCAACUACCGCAAAGCCAUUUUCAUCUUUAUCAGCAAUACUGGUGGCGAGCAGAUCAACCAGGUAGCCCUGGAGGCGUGGCGCAGCCGCAGGGACAGGGAAGAAAUCAGCCUGCAGGAGCUGGAGCCAGCCGUCUCCCGAGCUGUGUUAGACAACCCUCACCAUGGCUUCUGGCAGUCUGGCAUCAUGGAGGAACACCUGCUGGAUGCUGUGGUGCCCUUUCUCCCUCUGCAGCGGCACCACGUGCGCCACUGUGUACUCAAUGAGCUGGCUCAGCUGGGCCUGGAGCCCCAGGAGGAAGUGGUUCAGGCUGUGCUGGACAGCACCACCUACUUCCCAGAGGAUGAACAGCUCUUCUCCUCCAAUGGCUGCAAGACAGUGGCCUCCCGAAUCACCUUUUUCCUCUGAGAACUCCAGGUGGCAUCAUUGCCACUUCUGCUUAGACGGAACAAGCAGGAAAGUCCUGGGUGUCUCUAGAGGGUUCUUUCCUAGGCUGGCUGGCAAGGGGGACCCAGAGCACAGAGUUAAGAUAAAGAAGGGUGUUGGCCAGGCCAAGGAAGAAAGGCCUGGAUGACAUCUUCUCCGGGAAACUCCUGGGCACCAUGGAACCUCACAGCCUUGCCAUAGCCCUGCAGCCUGAGCCUUCUCAAUGUGAACUGUAACUCAGGGACAAAGGCUCGUGGCUGCUCCCAUCAGGGGCUUUGACCUGCACGCCUUGCCUGGCUCCAUGGCCAGAUCGCAGCCUGUGGCUGGACCUGGAAACCCAGUUAGGCCAGACUGGAACUUCACAGUUUCACCGAAUGGAGGGACUCUAGCUGCCACCUGGGCCUGGAUUUCAAAGUUUUUAAUUUUGUACAAGAAGAGAACAGGGGUAAUAAACUUAGCCGUAGGAUUGGAACAGGA